UUUCUAAGUAAAAAAGGUGUUGGUCUCAAAAACAUAAUAUAUAUAUUUGCAUUACGCGAGCGAGCAAGACAGUAAGGGGGGCGAGCGAGAUGACAAUAACAACGUGCAAGGAAGCUCGAUCCGAUUCUUGGGCUUCAGCAUGCUGUUAUUCUCAUCUCGCUCACUUCUAUUACUAUCUCAUUCGUUCUUAAUGAUCUCUCGCUCGCUCCUUUUACUGUUUCGCUCGUUCUUAUUGAAUAUCUCGUUCGCUCCUGUAUUUUCUCGCUCGCACACAUACGAAAAAUCAAUACUCUGUUACCGUCAUUUCGUCCACAUAGCACGGAACACAACCAGGUAGCACGGACGCACACCAAGCGAACGAUUUUAUUGACAGGGUCGAAAAGUGGAUGUGGUACGUAGUUCUACAUCCACGUUUGGCGCUGAUGCUACAUCCACAUUUCGGUCGCACGAAAAAGGCCGCGGUGGCCGCUCUCAGGCUUCUCUCUGGUUAUAGAAGCUUCUCUGCUCGUUCGAACUAGUAAACACUAGUAAAAAUAAAUUUAUUAUUGUAAACAGAUGUAUAUAUGAGAGCAAGAACUCAUUAUGGCUCAUAUUACUAACAAAAUUGUGCAAAUCUUGCACGAAUGUCAUCCUAAUAAAGAGAAUUUUAAGGAUAAGACAAAAAAUUUGAAUGGAUCAAAAGAGAGAAACGAAUCAAAAAAGGAACUUGAAAAAAAAAAGUUGGAGAAAAUCAAAAGUAAUACUGAGAAAUUAUUAACAAAUGCACAAUGCAAUUAUGUUGGAAGUAUUGAAUAUAGCAGUUUGAAUAAAAUGCUGGCUAUUUGUAAUUUAGAGAUUGGCAACGAGUCUACAGCUAUUCAUCAUUUGGUUGAAGCUCAUGCAGUAAUACUUCGACAGCACAUCCUACAUAGAUAUCAGAAGACUAAAAUGCGCGAGUCUAUAUGGAAUGAAUCUCAAAUAUAUGGAUUGAAGCCAACAUAUGUAAAGUUUGAAACAAGGUUUACAGAUAAUAAUGAAUCAUUAAAAGUAAAACUGUUAGAUUUACCAAAAGAAUGGUACAUGAUUCAGGUUACUGCUCAAUAUGAAUCUCCUACUGUAUUAAGGUACGAGAAGCAAAUAUCUAGUGUAAUGCAUGCUGUACAUAUUACAAUACUUCCUACGGGUACAUCUGACAUGGAACCAUUAUGUGUAACUGUGCCGAGACCCAUGACACAAGUUUCCUAUGAUAUCUGCAAAGAGAUUCAAAAACUAUUGGAUGGCUAUACAUCUGCACUAAAGACUACUUACACAAAUCAUAAGCAAUAUUGGAUGAUGCGUGCAAAUCAAAACAAUAAAAUGAAGACAGCUAUAAACGGAUUAGAGAAUAUAUGGUUGAGAGAAUGGAGAGUAUUAUUUAUGGCUGAUCCUAUUGAAAACUUGGAAAUAGUAGAUGAGAUUCAUCAAAUGAUCGAUAAAUUAAUAUCAGAUUUUAAAUUUCCCACUGACAUAUCAAAAAGAUGUAGGUGGCUUUUGAAAAAGGUAUCUAUAGGUGCAUGUUUUCUUACGCGCGAGGAAAUAGCACGUGCAAUCAAAUUCCUACUUCCUGAAUGUGAAAAACUUGCAAACAACAUCAUUUUAUCUAUUUAUGGAAAGUUACCAUAUAUAAAGAAGUUAGAGAAUACAAAACGUAAAACGUUGAUUUUAAUUAUUGAUGAGUACAUGGAUUACAUAGCAUUUGAAGCCAUGGAAAUUAUUAAGAAUCAUCCUGUUACUCGUUUCCCAUCUCUGCAUGUAGCAUAUGCGUUAUUCAAAGAACAUGAAGAUACUAUAGUGGAAGGCUGUAAAAUAAUCAAAGCCAGAGAAAAUAUGGGAAUUUGCGUAGUCAAUCCCUCCGGUGAUCUUAACAAAAUGGAAAAACGUAUGAAGCUUUUUAUGGACUUCUGGUUACCACAGUGGAAAAGUUGUUAUAAUAUACAACCUAGCGAAGAAAUGUUUGAAGAUGCGUUAAUAAAUCAUGAUAUUUUAAUGUAUACUGGUCAUGGAAAUGGCAUAGAAUAUUUAUCUGGAGAAGACAUUGAAAGAAUGAGAGUAAAAUCUACCGUUUUAUUAUUUGGAUGUAGUAGUGUGAAACUACUUGUGAUAGGUGGGAGAUAUCCACCUUAUGGCGUUUCAAAUCAAUAUUUAAUAGCAUGCAGUCCAUGCCUCUUGGGUAUGCUGUGGGAAGUAACAGAUGCUGAUAUUGAUAAAAUGACUGCAAAUUUCAUGAGUAAUUGGAUUCCUUCGUCCUCAGAGAAAUCAUGGACCGAAGUAGAUAUGGAUAGUUGGAAUUAUGGUACUCUAAAAUUCAUAAAAAAUAGAAGGGAUGGAGUAAAGGCCAAAACAGAAAUGGAAUCAGAAAUGUUAAGGGCAGUAGCAAAAUCCAAAAAUAGUUGUUCGCAUUAUAUGACGGCAGCUGCGAUAGUAGCGCGAGGUUUACCAAUAAAAAUAGUUUAAAUUUUAUUAAUUUUAUUUUUGCAACAUUGAUCUAAGGUAAUUUAAAUUUCUAAGUCGUGUAUAAAAUAAUUCCCGAAAGACAAGACUAUAUAGUAAGCAUUUAUGGGGUAAAGUUAUCUUUUAAUACUUUAAUGCAAAGAUAUGUAAUGGAGAUGUAUUUUAUAUAAAAAUAAUAAAGGUGAAUAAAAAAAA